GCGAGCGCACAAAAUGUCACGAUCCUUUUUAGUAGACACCCUCAUCAGUGAAACGAAAGACUGUAAAAAGACAGAAAUGUCUAGUGACAUCAAUCCUUAUACGAAUUUCAUUGGGCAUCACAUGGAACGCCCUAAGUUUUUGCCAUAUCCAUACCCGGGGAAUUUGAACAAUCUUCUCACUCUCGGGCUACACCAGCAAAGAUCGCCAGAUCUAUUUCGACCGUUUCUGGAGCACCUCAAUUUUCGGUACCCACUACUGCAUCAAAUACCUCGUCAGCAAGAAUUCUUCGAACCAGUCCAAGAACCGAGACCAUUCGAGGGCUAUUUGAAGACCGAAGAGCAGGAGCCAAUCAACUUUGUAAACAGGAGGAAAAAAUCCGUAUCGCCUUAUUUGCACCACCCGUAUAAAUCGACCGCUACGUCACCCUCGAAAAGUCAAGGUCAAAGGUCACCAUCACUGUCCAGUGAAAGCAGGAAUGGAACACCAAGCCCACCUCUUGCUCAUCCUGAAGAACUCCUACCGGGAUAUUCAAAAGACUUGAAACGUCUGCCUUUGAAAGAAGAUUCGAGCAAACGCAUUCGAACAGCAUUCACUGGAACACAAUUGCUCGAACUAGAAAGAGAGUUUUCAAUGAAUAUGUAUUUGUCGAGAUUGAGACGAAUUGAAAUCGCUUCGCGUCUGCAGCUGUCUGAGAAACAAGUGAAGAUCUGGUUCCAGAACCGCCGCGUUAAACUGAAGAAGGAGGAGUCUCCGAUGAGUUCCAAUGAAGGAAAAACCAAGAAAUGUUGUUGUUCGAAGAGUUCUUGCUCAAAAAGUCAAGAAUCGUGUGACAAUGAACAAGAGCAAAUAGACGUUGUGAGUGACAGCGAUAGAAGUUUCGAGGCACAAAAUCUUUCUCAGUAUUCCUAAUUUGAAAACUUUGCAAUUAAUGCGCUGUGCUAAUAAACUUCGUUUUUGGAACAUUAUAGGUAAUUUAUUUUGAGAACAGUGUGAGAAGCGGAAAGUUAGAGCACUCUUUAGCUAUGGAAAUAUACAAAUGUUUUAGCUCAUUUGCGUUAAGAAAAUAUAAAAUUGUUUUUCUUAUUCUUCCUAUUUAACUUGUUAUCUAAGAAGUCUGUAGAUUAUUUAAUGAG